CAGGCAGCUGCCUUCCUGGCCCUGUCCUGCCCUACCUGGAGGGAUACCAUUAGGAGCUGAUGGCCGGAGGAAACGAGCGGAGCAUGAGGGCCCUGAAGGAGGUGUGGAAAAGAGCAGAAAACUCUUUGUGCGCAGACUGCGGGAAGCCAGAUCCUGACUGGGCAUCCUCUACUUUGGGUGUCUUUAUAUGCCUCAGCUGUUCAGGAAUUCAUCGCAACAUCCCUAGCAUCAGCAAAGUCAAAUCCCUGAAGAUGGACCUCUGGGAUGAUGCUCAGGUGCAGUUUCUGGCCAAGCAUGGGAAUGCUGUGACUAAAGCCACGUAUGAAGCUCACAUCCCUAUUUACUAUUACCAGCCAACCUACAAUGACUGUCAAGUGCUGAGAGAACAGUGGAUACGGGCCAAAUAUGAACGCAAAGAAUUCACUGAGCCAGGAAAACAGCUGCCGUAUUCUGAUGGGGUGAAGGAAGGCAUCCUCUGGAAGCGAGGUCGAGACAAUGGGCAGUUCCUACCCCGCAAGUUCCUCUUGUCUGAGAGAGAGGGAUGUCUGAAGUAUUUCACCAAGCAGGAUGCCAAAGAACCCAAAAUUAAUGUUAAAAUAGAUGUCAUCAAUGCUACAUUCCAGCCAGAGAAGAUUGGGAACCCCAAUGGCCUGCAGAUCACCUAUCUCAAAGACAACAAGACCCGUAAUAUAUUUGUCUACCAUGAAAGUGGAAAGGAGGUAGUGGACUGGUUCAAUGCCAUUCGCUCUGUGCAGUUCCAUUAUCUGAAGGUAGCAUUUCCCAUUGCCAGCGAUAAUGAGAUUAAAAAUCGUCUGACGAGAAAUUUCUUGAAGGAGGGAUACAUGGAGAAGACUGGUCCCAAGCAGAGAGAGGCUUUUAAGAAGCGCUGGUUCACGCUGGAUCACCGCAGGCUCAUGUACUUCAAGGAUCCUUUGGAUGCAUUUGCUAAGGGUGAGGUAUUUGUGGGCAGCAGAGAGAAUGGAUAUAGUGUCCAGAAGGGAUUGCCUUCAGGGACACAGGGCAACUUCUCUUGGCACUAUGGCAUCACCAUUGUCACCCCUGACCGGGAAUACCUCUUCACCUGCGAGACAGAGACUGACCAGCUGGAGUGGAUCAAAGCCUUCACUAGCGUGAUCAACCAGGCCAUGACACCACAGGAAUAUGCAAUUGAAGCCUACUUCAAGUUUAAAUCCUAGGAAACCAUUCAGGAACUGUGACUCCACUCUACCUGGUCCUAUGGCUGUCAGGAGAGGAGAACAGAUUGACAUCAGAGAAACACUGUGCUCUUGAAGCACCCCUGAAGCACUUUUGCCCCCACAAAAUGUCCACUUUUUUUGAGGGCCCAAUUAAGCUGCUUCCUUUCAAGUGCAAGACUUUAAAUCAGAAUCCUCAGUACAACCUGUCCCUGUUAAAUUGCUGUGAUCUGACUGGAUGCUGGCAGGUCUUGCCUAUCAAUCAGGCCUUGAAAACUUUGGCACUUACUAUGUUGGACAUGGGACCUAUCAUCAC